AUGCUAGCUGGUGGUCAAGCACUUCGUCAUCUAUCCACUGCAUCACAUAAUCAGACUGUUUGUGGUCCAGCAGUCAAGCUUCUUCUGAUUCAUUAUGGUCUGGAAAGCAGGAAAAUUGAAGGAAGUGGACCAAAAAACAAGAAUAUUCUGAAAAGUGAUGUUAUGAAAAUUGUGGAAGCCGAAAAGUUGAAGCCAGUGACCAAUCAAGUACAUGCGCCGAAAGAAACACAUAUUGAGAAGAAAUCUAUUGAAAAAAAAUCAGACAUUUUCGGUGCCAACAAUCGCAGUCUUCGUCAUCAUCAAGACAUCCCUCUGUCGAAUAUCCGAUCCGUUAUUGCAAAACGAUUGACCGCUUCUAAACAACAAAUUCCACACGAAUACCAAGGAGUCGACGUGCGAAUCGAUGAUAUUCUGGAGUUGCGAGAGAAGCUGAAGAAUUCUGGAACCGCUGUGUCACUUAAUGAUUUUAUUAUAAAGGCAGCUGCUUUGGCGUUGAGAUCCGUGCCAACAGUGAAUGUCCGUUGGACACCCGAAGGAAUCGUUCGUCUUGGAUCAGUAGAUAUUUCAGUAGCAGUUGCCACUCCAACUGGUCUCAUCACUCCGAUCGUUGAGAAUGCUGACGUUUUGGGAGUUCUUGCGAUUUCGAGUAAAGUCAAGUUGCUGUCAGGAUUGGCGAGAGAGAGCAAACUGAAGCCAGAACAGUUUCAGGGUGGAUCUUUUACAAUUUCGAACCUUGGAAUGUUCGGAAGUGUGUCGAACUUCACCGCCAUCAUCAACCCACCACAAUGCGCGAUUCUAACGAUUGGAGGAACGAGGACUGAAGUCGUACCGAGAGAUGGACAAUUAGAAACACAGAAAUUAAUGGGUGUGAACCUAUGCUUCGACGGACGUGCCAUCUCCGAGACGUGCGCCAAACAAUUCCUUCUCCACUUCUCCGAAUCUCUAUCCGAUCCGGAGUUACUCAUCGCCGAACCAAUCUCACCGGAACUCGACUUUGAUUUCUCGCGUUUAUUGUAA